UACACCUCUAGCAGUUUGACCAGAAGCUGCAUGAGCCCACAGACUUGUAAUGUGAAUUCAUCCGUUAACUAUGGAUAUGGGAACACCGUGUGGAUUUCACAGUGCUGCAACACUUCACUGUGCAACAAUGAGAAUGUGAACACAUCAAUGGAUGCCAAUGGCCUGGUGUGCUGUGCCGGUGCUAAUGGGAUUUGCGCAAACGUCAUCAACUGCACAGGAAUACAAGACCAUUGCUUCACAGCAGGCAAUGGGAUGAACACGUUUCUGGGCUGCUCUUCAAUUGAAGUCUGUGAGAAUCCAGCCAAAGCCAACUUAAUUACCGGGAUUUUCCUUCCUUCGCAGAUGAACUGCUGCCAGGGAAGCCUUUGCAACGAGCCCAAUACUACUUAUUCACCAGUGACCUGCUAUGGCUGCUCCUCUUCGGUCUCCUGGGAUGCCUGUGCAAACACCACAAUGGUAUGUCCGGCUUCGACCCCCAUGUGUGCGGCGAUGCUGACGUACUCCUCCGGUGCCUUCUUCUAUCAGCGGACUUGUGCAGCUCCGGCAAGCUGUAAUGUGAAUGCAUCUGUGAGCUACGGAUAUGGAAAUCAAGUGUGGAUAUCGGAGUGCUGUACGACCGAUCUUUGUAACACUAACAACGUUAAUGUUUCCACUGAUCCAAAUGGCUUGGUGUGCUGCACCGGAAGUGACGCCAGCUGCCUGAACACGGUGAACUGCACAGGCCCCCAAGACUCCUGCUUCAGCUUGGAUGACUUGUUAGGAGGGACGUCAUACAGAGGAUGUGCUUCGCAAAGCAUCUGUGACAAUCAGUAUAGCGCCUCUCUUCUGCCCGUCUCCACAUCACAGAUCAGCUGCUGUCAGGGCAGUCUGUGCAACAAACCCAACGUUACACUGACCUGCAACAGCUGCUCAUCCAACUCCUGGAGCUCCUGUGUCAGCCGGCCCGUUUCCUGCAGUCCUCAGUACCCUGUGUGUGGGACCUACUUGGAGUCGUUUCCUUUUAAUGGGAAUGCGAUGAAUGUUUUCCACAGGCAGUGUUCAUCGAUCGACCAGUGCAACAUGACCAUAUCAUACGACGUCGGCUAUGGCAGUUCUGUCUUUAUCUCGCAGUGCUGCUCCAGCAACUUGUGCAACACUGAAAACAUCACCCUAUUGAGUGACCUGAAUGGCCUGAGCUGCUGCACUGGAAACAAUGGGAGCUGCCAGAGCAUUAUGAACUGCAUUGGAACACUAGACCACUGCUUCACCUACAAAACCGGAUAUUCUGUCAUAAGUGGCUGUGCCUCACAAAGCUUCUGUGACACUUUACAAAAUGGAACUUCUUGCUGUCAAGGAAGUCUCUGCAAUCAGCCAAAUCAGACGUCUUCGCUGAGCUGCUAUGAAUGUUUGACCACAAACUCGUGGAGCUCCUGUGAUGGCCUACAGCCACCGUCUUCAUGCCCUUUGGCUUCGAUGCAGUGUGGAGCUGCAGCCGUUCAAACUGUUCAGGGUUCCUUCAACCAGACUCAGCACAUUCGGUCCUGCAUGGAUCCAGCCAACUGUAAUAUCUUGAUGUCCGUGAGCACCGGAGAAUUCAGUGCUGUCUCAAAUUCAGUUUGCUGCUCCUCAGACCUCUGCAACAACCAGACAAUCGAAGCAGUAAAUCAGACGUCUACAAAUGGCCUGCAGUGUUACGGGGGAACAAACAACACCCAGAAUGUCCUGUUGUGCCAGGGCAUCGAGGACCACUGCUUCACUGUGGGAGUUCAAGGCCUUGGCGUGGUCCGUGGCUGUGCCUCCAGCAGUGCCUGUUUCAACAUGAACACAGUUGCGGCCUACUUGGGCAUCGCCACAACCUCAGAUGCCAGUUGCUGCCAAGGAGCCUUCUGCAACAGUGCCACCUACAAUUUUAAUUUAAGAUGUUAUGACUGCCAGUUCUCGACUUCCUGGGAAUCCUGUGGAACCAACAUUAAAUCGUGCAGCUCUGUCAAUGCCACUUGUGCGACGAUUCUUAAUGUUUACACAUCAGAUUUUGCCAUUUUUAGUGUGUUCAAAAGGUCCUGUGAGACUCCAGACAGAUGUAACAUAAGUGAAUCGACUAAUUACGGCCGUGGGAGUAAUGUGUGGACUACGCAGUGCUGCACCACCGACCUUUGCAACGCUGGAGCAGUAAACACAUCUAGCAUACCAAAUGGACUCACCUGCUGUGCGUCGACCGACGGCUCCUGUCAGACAACAGUGGCGUGCACAGGAAUUGAAGACCACUGCUUCUCAUCAGUUUUAGGAACCAAUAUCUACAUGGGAUGCACUUCACAAAGCAUCUGCAGCAAUCCAGCAAAUUCCUUAACCAUCCAGCAAUUCACGUUUAUUUCUGGAAUCACCUGCUGUCAAGGCAACUAUUGCAAUAAUCAAAACCCCUUAAUCUGUAACCAGUGUAAUUCCACAUCAUGGGAAACAUGUGGAAAUGAUACAAUUGUGUGUGCCCUGGAUCAGCAGUACUGCCUCUCGGCUCUCAAUUUGGUGGAAUCUGCUUCUAUCAACACAACAACAUAUCUGAGGUCCUGUGGGUCUGCCGUGGACUGUAACCGAAACAUGUCCUUCAACUCGGGCAACCAGAGCCAAAUGUGGAUUUCGGAAUGCUGCACCACUAACCUCUGCAACACUCAACAAGUUCAGGCCAACGUGUCCUCAAGUCUCAACGGACUGGUGUGUUGUGGAGGAACGGAUGCAGUGUGCAACAAAAUGGUGGAGUGUACUGGGGACCAGACCUUCUGCUUCACUUCAGGUGCUGCCCUCUCUGGAUGUGUCACGGCUGAUCUUUGCUCAUUGCCAGGCUAUUUGUGCUGCCAAGGAAAUCUGUGCAACACUCCUGCAAACUACAGCGAGUUGGCCUUCUGCUAUCAUUGUUACUCCAAUUCAUCCUGGCAAACCUGUGAAAGCAGUGCCUUGUGGUGUGGGUCCCCAAGCUCAAAAUGUGCCACGGGUCUGGAGGUGCAAACCUUGGGUUUCACCUCAUCCUACGCUUAUCAACGCUUCUGUGCACCCCAGGACAGCUGCAAUGUGAGCUUCUCAAUCAACUCAGGUAACGAGACGAAGACGACAAUAACGCAGUGCUGUGAAUCAAGUCUGUGCAACACAGAAACAGUUGGCCUCUCGAGUGACCCCAAUGGUUUGGUGUGCUGCGCAGGAGCAGAUGGAAGUUGCCAGAACACGGUCAACUGUACGGGACUCCAAGACCAGUGCUUCACUGCAGGCGAUGCUGGAGUUGACCUGAGAGGAUGUGCAUCUGGGAGCAUCUGCUUGAAUCCCACUAAUGCCAGUCAAGCCUUACAAAUGAAUCUGAGUGCACAGAUGGCCUGCUGUGUAGGAAACCUCUGCAACAGACCCAUUUCCAGCCUGGUCUGCCCUUCCUGCUUCUCUGAUAAUCUGAAUAACUGUCAAGACUCAUUCGAUGUGUGCAGCUCUCAACACACAACCUGCACAACGGUGUUUGGCCAGGACAUUUUAGGCGGAUCGUCCCACAACUACAUUCAGCAGUACUGCACCAUUCCAGACAGCUGCAAUGAGACGACCUCCAUCAACUUUGGACAGGGCAGCAUUGUCCGGACCACUGAGUGCUGCGACACAGACUUCUGUUAUGCCUCAGCGAUUCCAGGUGAGAGAAAUGUCUCUUUGCCUAUAAAUGAACUGACGUGCUGUGCAGGAACAGACGGCACGUGCAGGAGCCAAGAUCAAUGUGCCGGCGUUGAAGACCACUGCUUCACUGCUCCAUACAGUGCAUCUCUCAUUUACAUGGGGUGUUGUUCGAGUUAUUUCUGCCAGAAUAUCCGAUUUAACUGCUGCCAAGGGAGCCUCUGCAACAACCCUGAGUCUGGGCCUGUCACAAAUUUGACUGCUGAGAAUGUCACUUCAACAUCCUUCACCUUACGAUGGACGCUGACCAAAUACAACGUGGCCAUCGCCAGGGUUAAACUUUUUGAAGCCACAGGAGUCUUCGUUUCUGAUGUCACGGUGUAUUCUGAAGUUUUCGUUGUAAGUGGGCUGACUCCUGGCAGUAACUACACAGUGCAGGUGUCAACUGUGGAUGGGAACAGCAGCACAAUUGCCAGCGCAGCGUCACUUACAGUUUUCACAAAACCCGCUCCAGUGAUCAGUUUAAAUGCCACUGCAGUGACAUCAACGUCAACAUUCCUAACGUGGACCCUGGCCAGUGGCACUGCUUCCAGCUUCAGCAUUGUAAUUGAAGGAAAUCCGAACUCCAUGUCAGUGAACACGACAUUUGUAAAUGUAACGGGCCUGCUGCCGCUGAGCCCAUAUACCAUCUGGAUAUCUGCAGUCAGUGGAGAUGGAACUGAAGGCGAUGCUGCGUCCAUCUCCAUAUUUACAUCUGGGGUGUCUCUGAGGUACCAAGUGGUGCUUUUGACUUCUGCUGGACUCGACCUCAACACGAAAACACUCGUUGUUCAGCAGGUGAGCACACUUCUUCAUGGUUACCUGAAUGAAAGCUCAUUUUCAGCUUCCUGGAAAGAUGAAUGAAGUGUAAAGUCUCCUCAUGAGUGAUGUUCUGAGGAGUUGACCAAAGCUGAGCACAUCCUCAAGGAGCAACGCUGAGGUCAGCUUCGGUGAGGACCCUCCGCCACCUGUCAGUAUUCACUGGCUCUUUGAUCUCCAUGUUCCUGACCUUCAGAGUCCUGGUGGGAUUCAUGACCGGUAACUGCUCAGCUUCCACUGUACGACUUGGACUCCGCACUUCUGAGCCAUUAAAGGCUCUAUAGUGCCAUCCGAAUUACGUUUUCUGCCAGAGUAUUUUCUCAGUCUUUGCUUUGCUCAAAUUUGGUUUGGUUAUUUGGUUUUGUAUUCUGUGGCUGCUGGUGCUUGUGUACGAUU